UCUCUGUCAUUGUACAGCCCCCCGAGCUCAGCCCAGACCUACUGGAGUGUGAGGAGGAGAGCUAUGCAGACUGGAGCUCAGCCCAGAGCCAGUGCCUGACGGCAAUCGAGGCCACCCACAACCACUUCUCCUCAGCAACCUCUGGGCAACAGGGAAACCUGCGCUAACGGCCACCCCCAUCUCAACCCAUCCUCUCUAGACUGUAGAGGUCAAGGUGGUCCUCCUGCUAGUGACAGGUCCUGGGGAUGAUUGCGGACUCCUCCAAAUGACAGGGACUGUCGUGGCGACGAGCAACACUGAGAGGAACUGGCUUCUUGUGAAGAGUGAAAGCUUAAGGGAACCAGCCACUGUUCGCUUGUUGACCUUGGGAGCAGAGACAGGCUCAGUGUGUCACCUGGACGUCUGUUGCCUUUAGUGCAACUAGACAAAACAAAGAGUUCUUGACAGAGUAAUUGACUGAACCUGAGAAGAGCUUUGGUGGACAAUAUCAGGUGUCUUUGGAAGAAAGAAAAGAGAAAUAUUUGAAGGGUGAGUAAAAGGUAUCUUCAGCCUGACAGAGUGAGAAAAAAGGCUAUAAGUGCUAGGUAGGACAGACAGCUAGAAUGGCAAACUCUGGAUUUCAGCUCCUGGGCUACUUCUUGGCCCUGGGAGGGUGGAUUGGCAUCAUCUCGACCACGGCGCUACCCCAAUGGAAACAGUCGUCCUACGCGGGAGACGCCAUCAUCAUGGCAGUGGGUCUGUACGAGGGCCUCUGGAUGUCCUGUGCAUCUCAGAGCACAGGACAGGUGCAGUGCAAGAUCUUCGACUCCCUUCUAUCUCUGGAUGUGCACAUCCAGACGUGCCGUGCCUUGAUGGUCAUCUCAGUGUUGAUGGGCUUCAUUGGCAUCAUUGUCAGCGUCGUAGGCAUGAAGUGCACCAAAGUUGGCGAUAACAACCCGCAGACCAAGAGCCGCAUCGCUGUCUCUGGAGGAGUUCUCUUCCUGCUGGCCGGAUUGUGUACACUUGUAUCUGUGUCCUGGUAUGCUACGCAAGUCUCCUACCACUUCUUUGACCCCAGCACCCCUGUGAAUGCCAGGUAUGAAUUUGGCUCUGCACUUUUUGUGGGGUGGGCAGCAGCCAGCCUGACCAUUUUGGGUGGAUCCUUCCUCUGCUGUUCCUGUUCCAACGAAGACAGGAGGGGGCAGCAGUACUACCGGCAAUCGCAGCCUUCCACAGCCAGGGAGGCUGAAUUGUUGAGUGAGACUAGUUUUCCCGACUGACCAACCCCCCCAGCCUUUUUUCGAAGACUGUUCCGAGCUCCACUGUCUGUUUCCAUCCCCCUCUGCUCCUCCUUCCUUCACUCAAAACUGGGAGCCUUGUCACUCUGCUAUAGAACAUUUGUGCUCCCUCUCCCUCCUUGAGAUGUGUUUUUUCUGUUUAUUUCCGCAUGUGAUAUUUAAGUAAGGUUGGAAAAUGUUAUCCUGCACCUGUAAUAACCUUUCCCACUGAAACCCUGCCUCUGUAAAUAUGAUUUCUUUAGGAUAUAUAUCUGUGUAAGCACCCUGUAUGACAGGGCAUUCUACCUGCAUGUGUAUACAUGACUGGUGAAAAAAAGUGUGUGUUUUGUUUUCUCUUCCUGUUUAUGUAAGCCUGUAUGAUUCAAGUCAUGUGAUCUUCAGAUGAAGCACUAUGACUUCUGAGAUUAGAUGUGACUUUCCUUUCAUUUUGGGUUUCUGUGUUUUAUUUGUCCAGUUUGUUGGGUUUCUGUUUCAAGUGUACACUCACUUAAACAUGUUCUUUUCUUUUAAAUUGCAGACCAAAUGUUAAAAGUUCUCCACCAGACAAAGGGGAGCAGUACUUAUAGUUUGGGAGAGUGAACCACAACGCUGACUCACACACUGUUAGAGACACUCUCUUUAGGCACAAAGGAUAAGAGAAUUGAGAAAAUGUAAGGUGUAGAAAUACCAUACAUGUCUUGUUGUAAAAGCUUAAUACAUUCUAGAACCACUGUACUGUACAACAUUACUUUUUUAUGAGUGAUGUGCUUGAUAAGCAAUUCAGUGGUGUAUGCAGUGGUUAUUUGGUUUAGAACUUUCUAAAUAUAUAUCUACAUUAAUUGGGCUAUGUGACAAACGUGCCUUAUGAAGACUCAUUAGAAAUGUAAAGUAAAGUGGCAUUUGGGUGCAACUUCUUUCAGGGUAAACAGUGAUGAAACAAGCAUGCAAAUCUGUUACAUUAUUUUGUUGUAUUGUAAUUCCCAUCAAGUUAAAUGGUUAUGUUUUGUUUUAUUUUUGCUAAUUGCCAUCACUCAGAACUUGUAAAGCCUAUCUGGAGCGCAUGUUCUUUUGUGUUGUUAAAAGCAACUAUAAUCAUGUUUUGUUUGUGCAUUAAAUGUAGAAACACAAAAGAUGUGUUGCCUUCAAUUUAAGUAGUUUAUGGAAGUGCAUAGCCAAACACCUGUAAGAAUUAGCAGUAUUUCAGAAAAGUGAGCCAACUUUUAAAACAAACCCCACUUGGAUUACUUUGGAUUAUUAUUACACAGAGUUCCAUGGUGCAGAUAUGAUUUGUGUUGAUGAAUGACAGAUACAUUCAACAUGCAUUGAAAGGCACUGUUGACUGAAGAAGCUUUGUCACGUAGUGGGGUCAACUAUGUAACGGCCAAUUUUGUGGAAUGUAAUCCCAGAUAUUUUAGUUGCAUACGUCAUAGAACAUUCUAAUAUUCACCAUUGUGUAUCAUCUCAUAUAAACUGUUAUCAUCUCUGUUUAUCUGUUUUGACAUAAAUAAAUACAUGAAAAUUG